AGCAGCGGCGGCGGGCUCGAUUCUUCCGAGAGCAGCAGUCAGCAUCCGAUUGUUACUCUGACAGUCUUUACCAGUGUCCACAUUACUGGGCCAGACAUUGAUAACCAACGUUUCCGAAAAGUGCAGUGGAGCUUCAAUCUAGUUGAAUCCUCCAUAUGUCGGAUCAUCGGCGGAAGCUAGGCACGCCUCCUUUCUACAGCAGUAGCUGUCCUAUUUUAGUUGAACCUCUGAGCUGACAAUCCAGAAUUGGCAAUGCCGAUACCAAGCAGCCUGAUACCAUCCCGGUUUCUGACACUUAUGGCUCAUUUAGUCAUUGUUAUCGACAUCUUUUGGUCCAGGGAGAACAAUGUUUUGGCCAGUCUUCCACCCACCUACACGUCUCUCCAAUAUCAAAACAGUGAUACAGAAUUAAUUGUGGCACUGUCAGUGACUCUGGGCAUGUUUCUAAUUGAGCUGCUGGGCUUCUUCUCUGGUGUUUCCAUGUUCAACAGCACCCAGAGUCUCAUUUCUAUUGGAACACAUGCCAGUGCCUCAGUAACUCUUCUCUUCUUCCUCUUUGAACAAUGGCCGUGCAGUACAUACUGGUGGAUAUUUGCUUUCUGCAGUGCUCUUCCAGCAUGUAUUGAAAUCAUUCUGAUGAUCGGAGUGUUUGGGCUGAAGAAGAAGCCAUUGUGAAUGUACUGAAACCCCUUAAAUAAAAAACUGGAAUCCAUCAGUAAAGUAACAAGAAUAGCGGAAGACAUGACUAAUCGCAAUGGAUCCCCACUCAGGAUUGUGCAGUGGACAAUGAAUACCAGCAACAUUUAGAGAGUUUCAGUGCCAGGGUACUUUAUAAAACAUGUAUUUCAUUGUCUGUAUUAUAUCUCCUUCCUCAUCAUAGAAGGUAUGGAUCUUAUGUUUUCUAAAUUGUUUACAUUAUAUGUUAUAUUACAGAACUAUGCAUCAGAUAAUUCAAUAUUGAACUUUUUUUUAGCAUCUUCAGUUUCAAUCAUAUCUGUCACAACCUGCAUUACGGAAGUGUACAUCAGUAUCUCAAUCUCAGAACAUGAAUAUCACAGUUUAUAUUACAGAACAUGUGUACCACUUGGAUCUCUGUUCUAGAAAAUGUAUAAUCAGUCUCCGUUAUAGAAAGUAUGCAUUGCCAUCUUCAUUAUCAUGCUUUGUGUUGGGGGUAUUGAGACGCCUUUUUGUUUAUAUGUUAACAGAUGAGACUUCAGGCCAAAGUGGUCAUAAUUUAGGAGUGACCUGUAUAAUGAAAGGGGAGCAGUCAGCUCUCUAGCAGUUCAGUUCAGAGCUGGUUGGGGGUUUAACAGUGAGCUGUUUGGAAACUCUCUCUCUCCUUCUGCCCUUCUAACUUCAACUUGUAAGCUUCUGUUCCAUUUUUUUAAACUAGUCUUUAAGUGGGGGUUGCUUAUUGGGAAUGUUGUGUAUAUCCGGAACAGUAUAAUUAAGUUUAGUUUGAAUAAUCUGAGUUCUGUAGGGGUUCUUUAUUCUGUUCUUUGUGUUCAAUUGUGUAAUUCUGUGAAUAUAUUUUUGUCUGUUUUAAAAUCUGGUAGACAUCCUAGCUGCCUUACUCCAGGUAAUUUUCACUGUACGCUUACUGAAACAAACUGCAAAGUUAUGGUCUGGGCUGCCUGCUUAAGAAUGUUUUGAGUGGUUCGGCUGGAUCCAUAACAAACUGGGGGCACUUUGUGGGAUAUUAAACAGCGAGUGGUAGGUGCUAGUGUCUUUAUUUCAGGUGUUGGUUUGGUUGGGUAGACAAAGCUUGGGAUAGUAAUGAUUCUUUCAGUCGCCAAAAGUUUUCUGGAUGUGGAUGCAGUGAUUUUGGAAGUUUUGCAAAAGGUGAAUAAGACCAAGCUGGAAUUGGACCUGCCACUUCUGUGAGGAAAGCAGAGAUAAUUACAGAAGUAGUUCAGCAUUUAAACUUGCUGGAGAAAUCAUCAGAAUCUCUAGAAAUGGCAGGAAUUUGAUUGCAAAUGGAGCAGCUUAAGUUGGAGGUGAGAGAUAUGGAAAGGGCAGCAGAAAUGAAACAGUUUGAGUUACGAUAUAAAGCGGAAGAGAGAAAAUGAAGAGCAACAGAACAGAGAGAAAAAGAGAGAGCAGCAGAAGAGAAAGAAAAAGAGAGCUUUUGAACUUCAAAAACUGACACCUAAAAAGGAAAGUCAGCUUAAAAGGCUGGAGAUAAAGGCUGAGGUAGGCUUAGUGAGGAAGAGAGUGAGGAGGAGCAAGACCCUGGUAGUCAGAAGCCUAGUGAGAAACUGCUUAAGUAUUUUCAUGCAUUGCCUAAAUUUGUUGAGAAGGAUGUGGAAGCCUUUUUCAUUUCAUUUGAAAAGGUGGCUAAACAAAUGCAGUGGCUAGUGGUAAUGUGGGUUUUGUUGAUCUAAACAAAACUUGUCAGUAGGGCUAGUAAGGUCUAUCAGAGGAGGUAUGUGGGGAGUAUGAGGAGGUGAAAAAGCCAUUUUAAGUGCAUAUGAGCUUAUGCCAGAAGCCUAUAGACAACAUUUCAGUAAUCUAAGGAGAGAUCCAGGUCAAACCUACAGUGAGUUUGAAAGGAUCAGAGUAAUUUCGAGAGAUGGAUAAGAGCUUUAAGAAUCAAACAAACCUAUGAUGCCCUUAGAGAGGUAAUUAUUUUGGAGGAAUUCAAAAAUUCACUGCCUGAACUCAUGUGGAAGAGCAGAGUUAAAACAGCAAGGUUAGCAGCUGAGGAUUAUGAGCUAGUCCAUAAAACAUGGUUUGGCUUCCAGAAUCACUUUCAGUCCAUGAGGGAUAGAAACUGGGGCAAAGAAAAAUCUUCAUGUGGAUAGGGAAAGUUAGAUCUCAGUGAAGAUCAUAAGGAGAACUUACCACAGGGUAAAAAUGAAACUCUUGAGGGGGACACAGAAGUUAAAAAGCUCCGGUGUUUUCAUUGUAAUAAAAUGGCCACACGAAAUCACAGUGUUGGUGGGCUAGGAGAAAGCCAGAUGGAGAAAAACCAGACAAGCCUGGGAGUUUUGUUGGACUAGUAGUAAAAAGCACAAGGGAUGUUAGACCACUGCAUCAGAAUGUACAAGAUGGUCAGAGGUUGGUUACGGAGGAAAUAUCAGAUUUGCUUAAUGCACGCGUAAAGUUUAUUCACAUAGACCAGGAAUAGCAGGUAAAGAAGGGACACAAGAUCCUCUCAGUCUGUAAUGCCGAAGGAUGAAGAGAUAUGUACUCCUAUUGUCAGAAAAGGUACUGGUAACAGAAAUUCAUGGUGAGACAAAAAGCACUCAAUUAUGUAAAGUGAGGCUAGAGAGUCCAGAGAACAGUGGAGAAUUUGUGGUAGGAGUACUGGACGAACUCUCAGCUCCAGGAAUACAUUUUGUCCUUGCAAAUGAUAUAGCUGAUUCACCAGUAGGUGUGCUGCCUAUUCUGUUUGAAAAGCCAGUGGAGAUGCAGGCAACUGAAGAAAGGAACGAUCUUUAUUCAGGAAUUUUCUCUGGUUGUAUGAUCGCAAGAUCACAGAGGAAAAGUUGAAGCAAGAGAGAUCAAGGGGCACAGAUAAGGCAUAGCUUUAUCCGAGACUUUUUUUGACCAGAUAACUGGGACAGAAAAGGAGCAAAUAGGUAAACAUGCAAGUAUUUUAGCUCUGCUAAGCUGUUCGAGUUACAGCAGAAAGAUUAGAACUUAAAAUAGUUAUAUCAAAAUGUGUGUUAUUACUUAACAAAUGAUGUCUUAAUGAGGCAAUUAAGGCCAUCACACACUCAAGCAGAUAAGAAAUGGGCAGUGUUACAUCAAACUGUUUGCCAGUAGGGUAUAGGAAGGAGAUGCUGUGAGUGUUGCAUGUGCUACCACUUGGAGGUCAUUUAGGAGUGAGGAAAACACAGACUAAAAUACAAAGACAUUUUUACUGGCCUGGAUGACACAAGGAUGUAGCUGAAUUUUAACAGAUGUGUCAUACAUGCCAGCUAAUCUGAAAACCACAGGUAGUAAUAAAAUAUAUAUCUUUAAUACCUAUUCCAGCAUUUGAGGAAUCUUUCAUAAGAUCUUGAAUGAUUGUGUAGGUCCCCUAUCUCAAGCAAGAAGUGGGAAUAAGUAUUUAUUAACAAUAAUGGAUGUGUCGACUAGAUUUCCAGAGGCAAUCCCAUUGUGCAACAUUACACCAAAAAGGAUUUUAGAAGAAUUACUUAAUUUUUUUUAACUAGAUAUGGACCACCAGUCAGAUCAUGGAUCAAACUUCACAUCCAAAUUAUUCAAGGAGGUUAUGGAUAUCUUGGGAAUAAAGCAAUUCAAAUCUACUGCAUACCAUCUGGAAUCACAGGGAACACUAGAGAGAUGGCAUCAAUCACUAAAGACCAUGUUGUGGGCUUAUGGAGAGGACUAUCCAGAUGAUUGAGAUAAGAGAGUUCACACCAAAUGAAUCAACUAAAUCCAAAGAACAGAACAAAGAAACUUUACAGCCCAGGAACAACGUGUUCCAAAUGCCCACCACCCUCUGUGUGAAGUACUUACCACGUAUAUCCCCCUUAAACUUUCCACCUCUCACUUUGAAAGCAUGACCUCUGGUUAUUGAAUUUUUCACCCUGGGCAAAAGCUUGUCUCUAUCCACCCUGUCUAUACCCUUCAUGAUUUUGUAAACCUCAAUCAGGUCGCCCCCCCCCCCCGCUCAUCUCCUUUUUUCUAGUGAAAACAAACCUAACCUACUCAACCUCUCUUCAUAGCUAACACCUUCCAUACCAGGCCACAUCCUCCUAAACCUUCUCUGCAUCCUCUCCAAAGCAUCCACAUCCUUUUGGUAAUGUGGCACCCAGAACUGUACACAGUAGUCUAAAUGCGGCCGAACCAAUGUCUUGUAAAUUUUAACAUGACUUGCCAGCUCUUAUACUCAAUACCCCAUCCAAUGAAGGCAAGCAUACUAUAUGCUUUCUUGACCACUCUAUCCACCUGUGCAGCAACCUUCAGGGUACAAUGUACCUGCACUCCCAGAUCUCUCUGCCCAUCAACUUUUCCAAAGGCUCUUCUGUGUACUAUAUAAUUCACUUUAGAAUUAGACUUGCCUAACUGCAUCACCUCACAUUUGUCUGGAUUGAAAUCCAUCUGCCACUUUUCCGCCCAACUCUCCAGUCUAUGUAUAUCCUCCUGUAUUCUCUGACAGUCCCUUAUGCUUUCUGCCACUCCAUCAAUCUUUGUGUCAUCUGCAAACUUGUUGAUCAUACCAACAGUGUCCUCUUCUAGAUCAUUUAUGUAUAUUACAAACAACAGUGGCUCCAAUAUUGACCCCUGUGGAACACCACUGGUCACCUUUCUCCAUUUCAAGAAACCCCCUUCAACUACUACUCUCGGUCUCCUGUUGCUCAACCUGUUCUUUAUCGACCUAGCUAGAACACCAUAUGACUUCACUUUCUCGAUUAGUCUACAAUGGGGAACCUUAUCAAACGUCUUACUAAAGUCCAUGUAUAUGACAUCAACAGCCCUUCUUUCAUCUAACAACUUGGUCACUUCCUCAAAGAACUCUAUCAAGUUGGUAAGGCACGAUCUCUCCCGCACAAAACCAUAUUGCCCAUCACCAAUAAGUUCAUUCCUUUCCAAAUAUAAAUAGAUCCUAUCCCUCAGUACCCUCUCCAGCAACUUCCCCACCACCGACAUCAUGCUCACUGGUCUGUAGUUACCCGGAAUAUCCCUACUACCCUUCUUGUAUAGGGGGACAACAUGAGCAACCUUCCAGUGCUCUGGCACCUCACCUGCAUUUACGAAUGCCACAAAGAUAUCUGUCAGGGCCCCAGCUAUUUCCUCUCUCGCCUCCCUCAGCAACCUGGGAUAGAUCCCAUCUGGUCCUGGGGAUUUGUCCAAUUUAAUAACCUCUAGCAUACCCAACACAUCUUCCCCAUUCAUGCCAAUGUGAACCAGACUAAUCAAACUUCUAUCUCUAAUCUCAAGAUUCAGCAUGUUCCUCUCCUCAGUGAAUACUGAUGCAGAGUAAUCAUUCAGAAUCUCACCCAUUCUCUCAGGUUCGUCACACAGCCUUCCUUCAUUAUCUUUCAGUGGACCAAUCCUUUCUCUAGUUACCCACUGGCUCCUUAUGUAAAGAUAAAAUGCUUUGGGAUUUUCCUUAAUUCUGCUCGCUAAAGCUAUUUUAUUACCCCUUUUAGCCCACUUGAUUCCUUGUUUAAGACUUGUCCUACUCUUCCGAUAUUCCUCCAGGGCCCGUUCUGUCCUCAGCUGCCUAGACCUUAUGUACGCUUCCCUUUUCCUCAUGGCUAGUCGUAUAAUUUCUUCUGUCAUCCAUGGUUCAUGAAUCUUGCCCUUCCUAUCCUUUGCCUUCAACGGGACAUGCCUAUCCUGCACUGCCGUUAACCUAUCUUUAAAACCUCCCACAUCUCAAAUGUGGACUUCCCUUCCAAUCCACAUUUCCCAGCUCCUGCCUAAUUUUGAUAUAAUUGGCCUUGGCCCAGUUUAAUACUCUUCCCUUAGGACCACUUUCUUCUUUAUCUACGAGUAUUGUAAAAUUUACAGAAUUGUGGUCACUGUUCCUAAAGAAAUCCCCCACCGCAACUUCUACCACUUGUCCCGGCUCGUUCCCCAGUACCACGUCCAAUAUGGCCCCUUCCCUCGUCGGACUAUUAACAUACUGCACUAGGAAACUCUCCUGCAUGCUUCGUACAAAUUCUACUCCAUCCAGACCUCACGCAAAGUGUAUCCCAGUCAAUGUUGGGAAAAUUAAAAUCUCCCAUCACCACUACCCUAUUGCCUUUACAUCUAUUCAUAAUCUAUUUACCUAUUUGUUCUUUUACCUCACAUUCUCACCUCACAUUCUUUUACCUCACAUACAGCCCCAACAGUGUAACUGCACCCUUAUUUCUCAGCUCCACCCAUAAUGCCUCUACCCAAGACCGACAUCGUGUCGUCCUUUAGCACAGCUGUAAUAUCAUCUCUGACCAUCAAUGCAACUCCACCCCCUCUUUUACUUCCCUCCCUGUCCUGUCUGAAACGUCUAUAUCCUGCAACAUUCAGUUCCCAAUCAUCAUGCCCUUCCUUCAACCAAGUCUCUGUGAUUGCAAUAAUGUCAUACUCCUAGGCACCAACCCAAGUCCGAAGAUCAUCUGCCUUACACAAUAUACUCCUUGCAUUAUUGUAGAUGCAUUUCAGGUCGCAGUUCUUUUGUGCUCACCUGCUCUCUGCCUACUCUUCCCUUUAUUAAUGCUAUCUUCAUGAUUCUUUCAGUCUGCAGUCUCCACCUCACUGUCUACUUGUUUUCUCUUCUGGUUCCCAGUCCCCUGCCACAUUAGUUUAAAACCUCCGCAACAGCAGUAUCAAAAACUCCCCAAGGACAUUGGGGAUUCAGUCCCUUUGAAUUUAUUUUUGAGAAGUAAGAGGGCCUUUAACAUUUAUUAAAGAGAAAUUAAUAAGUCAGAAUUCAGAGACCGCCCAUUUGGACGACGUGUCAAAUUUUAGGGAAUGAAGAAAAUAGAGCUGCAGAGUUGGCUAGAUAACAUUUAAAAGUAUCAGCAUACAAUGAAACAGGAAGUAUUGGUGUUACUUCCAAUAACAGGUGAGCCUUUAAAAGCAAUGUUUAGUGGGCCCUAUCAAAUCUGGAGGAAAUUGAUUGAGGUGAACUACUUAAUAACGACUCCAGACAGGAAGAAAUCUCACCAAGUGUGUCAUGUGAAAAUGCUCAAAAGGUAUGUUGAUAGGGACAACUGAUAUUUCUAAGUGGACCUGCUCAGAGGCUAUUGGCAAGUACCUCGGUCAGAGCAAAGGCAAUUUCAGCUUUCGUGACGCCAAAUGGACUGUAUGAGUUCAAAGCCCCCACACCAACCUACAUGCCACUCCUCAAGCCCCGCAUCCUAACAGCCCACACCCCAUUCCCCUGACCCCUCACCAGCCCACACCCCACUCCUGGCAUCCCUCCACCAGCCCACACUCCACUUCCCCGACCCCCCCCCCCCCCACUGGUACCACAUCCCACUCCUCACGCCCAUCACCAGGCCACACCCCACCAGCCCACACCUCACUCCCAGCAUCAGGUCCACGCCCCUGCACCAACCCAAACCCCACUUCCAGCACCUGCCCUUGCCACGUCAGAAAGUGCAAAACCUGCACCCACACCACUCCCCUCACCUCCGUCCAAGGCCCCAAAGGAUUCUUCCACAUCCGACAGAAAUUUACCUGUACCUCCACCAACAUCAUCUAUUGUAUCUUUUGCACCUGAUAUGGUCUCCUCUAUGUCAGGGUGACAGGAAGCCUUCUUGCGGAUCGUUUCAGCUAACAUCUCUGGGACACCUGCUCUAACCAACCCCACCAUCCCAUGGCCAAACCCUUCAAACUCCCCCUCCCGCUCCAUCAAGGCCAUGCAGGUCCUGGGCCUCUUCCACCACCAAACCAUUACCACCCGACGCCUAGAGGAAGAACGCCUCAUAUUCCACCUUGGGACCCUGCAACCACAUGGGAUAAACAUGGAUUUCAACAGUUUCCUCAAUUCCCCCACCCCCACAUUAUUCUAGUCCCCAGCCUCUAACUCGGCACCACCCUAUUGACCUGUCCAUUAACUUUCCCAUCUAUCCACUCCACCUUCCUCUCCGACCUAUCACCUUCUCCCUCACCAUCAUCUAUCUAUUGCACUCUCAGCUACCUUCCCUCUAGUUCCACCCCACCUCCCACUUAUCUCUCAGCCCCCUCCCCCCCACCCCGGCCGACAAGCCUCAUUCCUGAUGACGGGCUUAUGCCGGAAACGUCAAUUCUCCUGCUACUAAGAUGCUGCCUGACCUGCUGUGCUUUUCCAGCACCACACUCCUGACUACAUCAGUUCAAAGUCUUGCCAUUUGGUAUGAAAAAUGCUCCAGCCACAUUUCAGAGACUAACUAAUCAUGUCAUUGCUGGAUUACCCAACUGUGGGGUGUAUAUUGAUGACCUGAUGAUUUUUAGUCACUUGUAGAAGGAACAUUUACAGCAUUUAUUGGACUUGUUCAAUCGGUUUUGGAAGGCAGGCUUGGUAGCAAACCCAGCUAAAAGUGAAUUUGCCAAAGCCCGGGUCACUUUGCUGGGCCAUGUUAUUGGACGUGGACAAAUGGCCCCACAGGAUGCAAAAACGAAAGUAAUUGGGAAAUUUCUCAUACCGUCAACAAAAAAAUGCAGUACCAUGCUUCCUGGGAUUGAGUGGAUUUUACCAAAAGUUUGUGCCGAACUUUAGCAGUGUGGCUGCUCCACUCAUUGAAUUGUUAAAAAGGGGGAAGAUGUUUUAAUGGACAGCGGACUGUCAAAAGGCAUUUGAUACCCUAAAAACUGGGUUAACCACUGCCCCAGUAUUAGCCACAUCGGAUUACAUGAAGCCUUUCAAAGUGGCUUUCGAUGCCAGCGAUGUGGGUGUCGGUACGGUGCUCCUGCAGGAGAAUGACGAGAGGGUUAGAAAGACCCAGUGGGUAUUUUUCCAGGAAGUUGAACGUUCAUCACCAGAAAUUUUCAACGGUGCAGAAAGAGACUUUAAGCUUGGUGUUGGCAUUACAACAUUUCAGUAUUUAUCUUACCAGCAAUGCACCUGAGACAAUCGUAUACUCUGAUCACAACCCACUGAUACCUGUGGAAAGAUUUAAGGACAAAAAUGCCAGACUGUUUAAAUGGAGCUUGUUAUUGCAACCAUUCAUUUUGACAGUAGUGCAUGUGGCAGGUUACGACAACAUGUUUGCCGAAGCGUUAUCGAGGUGCGAAUGAUAUAUGGAGGCGUUUGGUGGCGGCUGUACCAUAGCCUGAAUUUGCACAUGGUUAUGAAUGGUUGGAAGUGUGCAUUUAGGGUAGUGUAUAUGUGUGUUUUAGAAUACUAACCAGUUUGUUUUUGAAGGGUUUUAAAAAAUCAAGCCAUCUUUUGAUAUUGAUAGUUGAUAUUUUUAAGGGGGAGGUGUCACAAAGCUGAUCCCUUUUUUUCUAGAAGCUGUUCCUUUUCUCAAGGAUACUGUGUCCUUGUUUUUGUUCAGAGGGGUCGUAAACCACUCCCGGUUCAGAGAUGACUAAUUUGGUACAGAGAUUAAAGGGUAUUGAGAUGCCUUUCUGUUUAUAUGUAAACAGAUGAGACUUCAGGCUAAAGUGGUCAUGUUUUAGAAGUGACCUGUAUAAUGAAAUUGGAGUGGUCAGCUCUCUAGCAGUUUAGUUCAGAACUAGUUGGGAGUUCAGCAGUAAGCUGUGUGAUAAUUCUGUCUCUCCUUCUGCCCUUCUAACUUCAAUCUGUAAGCACCUAUUCCUUUUUUUUAACUGGUCUUUCAGGGCAUUUGCUUACUAGGACUGUUGUGUAAAUCUGGAACAGCAUAAUUAAGUCAAAUUUCGAUAGAAUGAGUUCUGUUGGAGUUCUUUAUUCUGUUCUUUGUGUUAAAUCUUUGUUUUAAAACGUGUCAGUCAUCCUAGUUAUCUUACUCCGAAUAAUUUUCACUGUACAGUCAACCGUAACAAAUUGCAAAGUUAUGGUCUGGGCUUCUUGCUUUAGAUGUUUUGAUUAUUCUGGCCUAGUCCAUAUUAACACACGCAAACACACACUCUGACAUGCAUGCACACUUACAAGCACAACACUCUCCCCCAUACACACUCUCUCUCUCCACAUAAGUCUAUGGGGUGAAUUAGCAUUUGCAGAAUUCUAAUUACACAUACAUUCUAUUUUGUUCAAAAGGCACACAUAAAAUCCUAAGUUGUCUUGAGAAUGUGACUUGAAAGAAGUUCUGGGAUUUAUAUAUUAAUAAAUGCAACCCAUUCUACAAGCUGAAACACUUAACAGCAAUCCAGGUUUGUUCAAUAUAUUAUUUCAGUUGCAAGACACUGUGAUAUAUAUUCUAUGUCUUUUGACCCUGCUCCACAGCUACAUGAUGCAGGACCAGUGCUCCAAAAGCUACUGCUUCCAAAUAAACCUGUUGGGCUAUAAA